UCCUGGAUGUUUCUCCCUCAGCAGGGCGGCGGUGUGCUGUGACUCAGGAUCUUACCAGCCGGUAGCUGCUGCACUCGGUGACGUUCUCUUUGCCUUUCCAAAAGGAAACUGUUCAUUUGGGAAGGUUUGUUCCUGGCAACGAUCUGGUUACAGACGCAGCAAGAAGCACAGAUCCCAGGAUUGGUGGCAGGAAAUGAUGGGAUGCUGAGGAAACGCAGCACUGCUGAUGAUGGUGAAAUACGUAGACCACCUGCGGAGCAUCCCUGGUCAGUCUCACAGAACCUCUUCCUCUUGUAAGAAAGUUUGCAAAUAUCUACAUAAUCCUUUUAGAGUUGAGCAAUUUGGGUUUUUGGGAUGUCUAUAUUGGUUAUUUUUCUUGAGGCUCAUCAUAUCAUUUUGCUAAGAUCAUUAAACAGUUUUUGAGAUUUCUGAAAGGUCUGAGUGGACUGGGAGGAUCUCUGUUUGGGCCACUGGAGUUAUUUCAGUAAUCUUUGUUCAAUGAAAGGCAGGAUGGUGGGUUUCAUUAUGUUGCUGCUGAGUCUCUUUGCUUUGGAGGUUUUCCAACCAGGUUUGUUCUGUUGCCACAGAGAAUCUGAAGAAAUCUCAGCUUUAAUGAAAAGUUUCCUUUCUUUCUUUUUAGUGGUUCAGAAAACGGAGCGUCCUCUGUGUGUUUCAUGUUCAGCUGGAGUGUUGAGUCUCAUAAACCCUCGUUUUAACGCUGCUGGUUUAAUGUCUCUGUGUGUAUUUGUGUGUGUUUGUGUGUUUCUGUGCGGCGGCUCUGAGCCUCGGGUUCAGCAGCAGGCUGAGCGUCACAUGAUCCACUUUCCACAGUGAUUCUCCUGUCCACCUCCAAGCUGCAGAGGAAACCAUCCUGAUGUCUGAUCACAAAACACAAAACACUCUGCAGCUGAGCCACGUAAAGCUGAGAAGAUGUGGCAUCAAUGACCUUUAACCUGGAAGAACAACAGAGAAACAAAAAAGUUGAGAUCCAUCAAUAAAUCAGCCAGAUAUCUGACUGUUGACCCUUGACCCUCUGUCAACCAGAACAGGAACGUCUGUUGUGAAGCGGCUUCACUGGUUGUUAUGAGCCAGUUUGUCUCAGUUUGCAGCUCCUGGUGUUUCUCCUCUUUCAUCCUGAAGGUCAGGCUGAGGGUCUGAAACCUUCCAACUUCCUGAAGUUACAGUUUGGCUAAUGUCUGGAAAAAGAGCCAUUUAAAAACCUCCAGAAUGUAAAUCAGCUGGCACUGCAUGUUACCUAGCAACCCCAGCGAAGCACAGCCUGUUGCCUAGCAACCCAAGGAGAGCUCCAGCAUGUUCGGUCAGCUGGUUUUACUGCCGCACAAUGGCUGCUGGAACAGAAAACGAUCCAGAAACCACUUGCUGCAUUUUUAUUGGUUGUGCAGGAGGCUCCGCUUCUGCUUUUCAAAGAAGUACGGUUGUGUAAUUACGCUUUUGUUUGCAGCCAUUUUCACAUGUCAGUGUAAACGUUGAGUUUGGGGGUAGCAGCAGGAUUUAAAGUGACAGGACGCCCUAAAACAGCUGAAAAUACAGAACUGAGGCCAAAAUCUCAUUAUCUAAGAAAAAUGUAAUGAAGAUGUUUCAGAGCCUGUUGAUUCGUCCUAACAUGUUCAUCACUUUAACACAGACCUGGAAUCACUGGAAGCAUUUCUCUAAGAAAGCAGGAAACCAAGGAGAGAGGAGGAGGGAAAUGUCUGUGAGGAGGAAGGAGGAGGGGAUGAAGAGGGAGAUAAGAAGCAGGGGGAGGAGAGAGGCAUUGUGGGUCCAUCGCUAUCCAGCAGAGGCAGCUGCUCCUCUCCUCCAUGCCGGGACCCUGCAGCCGGAACGCCGGCCGUCUUUCUUUUGUCUGGAGUCGAUUUGAGUAAAAGCUCAAAGUGUCUGGAGUGUUUCCAUUUUCUAGCAGCAGAUGCAGGAAGGAGGCGGGUCUGGACGUCUGUGUGCAGCGAGCUCAACUCAGGGUUAGGAUCUGAGCGCGAGGUGAUGAGAGGAAGACGAGUUGCUCUGCAGCAUCACUCUUCCUCCUUAUUGUCUCCCCGCCUGCAGCAGCAGCUGCAGUCCGGCUGCGUUAUGAGUCUGAAGGAAACAGCUGCUGCGCAGCCGGGCCGGGCAGCCGCUGAGGGACAAUGACCCGGCUUGGUUUUCUGAGCAGCAAACCAGACAAACAUGUUGAGGAUUUAAAGAAACGGAGUUUAAAGAUGGGAUGACCGCUGUGUGGCGCUGAACCCGACCCAACAUGAACUCCUCCUCCAAUCCGAACCAGAGCGGCUCUCCUUUGUUCUGCCUGCUGGGAGCGGUGGGUUACUCCCACAGCCUGGACACCUGCCUGCUGGAGGCGGCCAUCAUCCUCUUCCUCGCUGUGCUCAUCAUCGCCGGGAACCUGCUGGUGAUCUUCGUCUUCCACUGCGCGCCGCUGCUGCACCACCACAGCACCGGACACUUCAUCCAGACCAUGGCGUGCGCCGACCUGCUGGUGGGCGUCAGCUGCCUGGUUCCGUCUCUGUCCCUGCUGCGCUGCCUCCCGGGCCUCAACCAGCAGCUCGCCUGCAAAGCCUUUGGCUACGCCGUUUCUGUGCUGAAGAGCGUCUCCAUGGCGUCGCUGGCGUGCAUCAGCGUGGACCGCUACAUCGCCAUCACCCGCCCGCUGUCCUACGCCACGCUGGUGACGCCGUGCCGGUUGCGGGCGUGCAUCGUCCUCAUCUGGGUUUACUCCGUCCUCGUCUUUCUGCCGUCCUUCCUGGGCUGGGGGAAGCCCGGUUACCACGGCGACGUCUUUCAGUGGUGCGCCGAGUCGUGGAGGACCAACCCGACGUUCAGCACCUUCAUCGUGGCGCUGCUGUACGCGCCGGCGGCGCUCACCGUCUGCUUCACGUACGGGAGCAUCUUCCGGAUCUGCCGGCAGCACACCCGGGAGAUCAGCCGGCGAAACGCCCGCUUCGGCGCGCAGGCCACGCCCACCGGGGGCGAGCGCUGCGACGGCUGCACGGACAAGCGCUACGCCAUGGUGCUGUUCCGCAUCACCAGCGUCUUCUACGUGCUCUGGAUGCCCUACAUCCUCUACUUCCUGCUGGAGAGCGCCGGGCUGUACCGCCACAUGGUGGCGUCGUUUCUCACCACGUGGCUGGCGAUCAGCAACAGCUUCUGCAACUGCCUCAUCUACAGCCUCUCCAACAGCGUCUUCCGAAAAGGCCUGGGCAGUCUGCUGCAGCCGCUGCUGCCUUCCUGCCUCGGCUGCGCAGACGGGCGGAAGGCUCCGCCCCCCGGCAGCCUGCGCACCGACACGCGAUGCCACGUCUGACACUCUGCGGCCGCGGAUUGGUGUUUCAGGAGCGUCUGUUUGGCGCCUGCAGGGCCACAGAGAGGCGUCCGUCCCGAUGCCUGCUGGUCCUUCUGAGAUGAAGUGAAAGAAACUCACUGGAGGAACAAAGUUUGACACCAAACUGCAUGAAAAAGGUCAAUGUGUGAAUUCAGAGGAUCGAAUAAACUUUUAAAAAGUGUAAAAAGACAUAAAAGGAAAGUAUAACCUGCUCAUUCAGAUCCAGCAAAUGCAAAAAGCUAAACAGUUUAUUGCCUCAUUUUUCUGUUUCGGGUCAGGCUGAGUGAAACGGCAAAGAAAAAAACUUGGAUAAUUAAUUUCUUAUUUUUUAUGUUGGAUUUUGGAUAAACUUACUAUUUUAUCCUCCUAAUAUUUCAACCAUCUUCUAUUUAUAUUGUGAGUUUAUUUUGGCAAUAUUUCAAAUUUAUUGUCAUAUGACUUUAUUUUUGUAAAAGAUGAUAAUUUUUUAGCCUGACCGUUAUAUUUUAUUAGUUAUAUUUUAUUAGUUAUAUUUUAUUAGUUAACCUGAAUUCAAAGUCCAAAUAAAUAGAAGCUGUAAAACACAACAAGAUGGCCGCCCUGAUAUGGAGACCAAAGCAGUUCAUUGGUGGAAAAACAAUCCCUGUUUUCCAAAGCUGUGAUGAAGUGAUGGGAUGGACGGAUGGUUUCAGGGUGGAUGAAGGUUUGGCCAUCUGGAGGAUCUGUGAGAAAAUCUUCUGAUCUGAGUUGAACCUGAGCUCAGGAAACUCAGCUGCUGAAGCCGGUCGUGUUUGUUCAGCCUGGAUUCAUGGAAAAUGUUGAUUUAUGAAUCAGCUCAGCUCUCUGACCUGCAGCGUUUUUCCACCUGCCGCCUGCUGGACACCCAAUAAGGAGGCCGACGGUUUAUUUAUGUGGGGAGGUUUGUUCCUGAAACGUUUCAUCAGCAGAUCAAUCUGGAGCGUUUCUGUUUUAUGAAGUCGAGGCGUUUCUGUUUUAUGAAACUGAGGAGUUUCUGUUUGCUGCUGUUUGAAGCAGAAAAUGUUUUACUGGUUUUGACUAAAUGCAGAAAAUUGAUCCUGAGCUCUGAUUGGUGUCGGACCUGGAUAUGAUCCGAGGUUUUGGCUCCUUUUCAUAAUUUUUUCUUCUUAAAUGUUUGAUGCGCUUCUCUCUCAGCAUCAUCUUACAGUAACUUUACCUUUAUAUUAAAACCAAUAUUUAAAACUAAACUAUGUGCUAAAACAUUUUAAAACCAAAAAAUGUAAGAAUUAUUACUGUUGUGGCUAAUUUUAGAUUAUAUAUUGUUCUAAUUUUGACUAUUGUGGCUGUAAUAAAGUAUCUAACUAGUUAUUUUGCUACAAGAACAAAAAUGUUGAAUCUUUAAUGUGAUAAAAUACUCAUAAAACUGAUCUGAAAUCAGUUCCUGGAUUAACUUUGACUUCAGUUUCAGGUUUUCAGAUUAAAUUUAGAGUAAAAAACCAGCAGAUCAUUUUAAUAAUGAGGUUUCCAGCUGAUCCAGUCGUCCUGCUGUUUCUAAACGGACUGCAGAUCCGGUGCUCAGACUUUAACUCCUGUAACUUUUUACAGUUUUAAAAUGUAAAACAUCGUUUCCUUAAAAAAGAGAUUAUUUUCCUCCAGAAGCUCUGAGUUUUUACAAACAGAAAUAAAUGGAAGAUCCAGGAAAAAUGGAGACUUUAUAACGAAUAUUAUUAUUCUAGCGAUGCGUUUUUCAGAUUUGUACUUUUAUUAUCACUUUAUUACAGCAUAAAUCUGCAUCACCUCACAGAAAACGUUUCUAACAUUUAUAUUGUGUGAUAAUUGAUCAUGUUUUCCUCAAACACGUCGUGUUAACGGAGGUCCAGAUUUCUCAAUCUGAGGCCCAACAGCAAAACAGAAUAUUUACACUGUAAAAACCUGAUUUGUGUUUUGUCAAAAAUAAUAUGAAUAUUGUAAGAAAAUAUUUCUUGUACUUUGAGGUUUGAGGCACCAAGAAUUGAAACCGAACAGCAAAGUUUGAUUCUUCCAAACAGGAAAACCAGUUUAGAUCCUUUAGAUCGCCAGCAACAGUUUGUAGCAACAGGUGGGGGAGGGGCUGCAGCGUUCUUUGACUCGUUUCAUCAAAUUCUGAUAUUUUAUCUGGGAUUUCUUUAAAUGGAAGUUAAACUACAGAAAUGAGAUAAAAACCUUCACUUAUUAAAGUUUAGUACUGAAAUCUGAAACCGUUUUAUUUUCGUUCCUGAAAUGGUUUAAUAAAGAAAAAUAUCAUUAAAAUAUUUUAAACAUCAUAAAAUAAUCAUAAAGUUUGGUUUUAAAACCAUUAAACAGGAAAUUCAGAGUUUCUGAUUCUGAUUUUGAUGUUUUUGAUCAAAAACCAGAAAAAAAAACAAAAACUGGGAAAUAAAAUAAACUGAAAAGUGAAUGUGAAGAUUUUUAUUAAAGGUUUUUAUUAAAGGUUUUUAUUAAAGGUUUUUAUUAAAGGUUUUCCACCUUCUUGUGGGUUUUAUGUGAGAGAAAUUUAAACCACACUUUAAAGGUGAAUCUUCAUCUAUUUUUAUUAAUCUGAGACAUUUUAAGAGGAAGAGUUUAUUUAAAGAAACUUCAGUUUGUUUUUGUGAAAUUUCCAUAAAAAUCUUUUAGUUUUAUUACAUUUAAAGAGCUUUAAAUAUUUAAACUUUAACUUUCUUCUCUUCGAUUUGCAUGAGCUGCGUCUCAUUUAUGAGAAAAAUGCUGAAAAGUGGAAAAAAGUCAACCUUUAGUUUUAAUGAAUAAGUUAAAAUUAAAAAUGAUUUAAAUAUCUCCAGUAUUUUCUGGUUGUGCUGAAGAGGCAGAAGCUGAAGGAACAACUGAUUCCAUUAUUUGUGGUUUUUUCAGCGGCCGUUGUAACAGGACGUCUCCUUGUUGGAAGGAACUGAAAUGACGGUUUCAUGAUUUAUUGCUGCAGAAACAACAUUAAAGUUAAUUGGAUUCAGCCUGUGGAAACUUGUUGACUCGUGAAAACUGAUUUUACUUCAGUUAUUGUUUUUGACUCUGCAGUCAGUCGAAGGUUUCAGAAAAACCUGAAAUAAUUUUAAAAUCACAUUUUGUAGAACAUUUUAUGGAUGUGCAUUUAAAAAAAAUAAGAGCGAAAUUUAAUAAAUUUAAUGUAAGAGAAACAGAAACGUAGUUUUGUUCCUCUGGGUUUUCCAUAUGAUGAUUUCAAGGUAAAUAUUCUGAAACCUUUUUAAAAAUGUUGCAGGUUGUAGAUUAUUAUGUAAAAAGCCACAGAUUAUUGUCAGAACCACAGAGAUCCGUUUUCUUUUGUCUUCAGUUCAUUUCUUUCCAGCUGAUUCAGAAGUGAAAACAAGCAGAUAUAAAAAAAUGAAAUAGUUCAAGUUGUUUGGUCCCUUUGUUUCAAUAAAACUCAGCAGGUUUUUAAAGUGUUGCAGCAGCAGAGUCAUCCAGCAGCUGAGACGCUCCAACGUUUCCAACAGAAACUGACUUCAAACUUUAUUCCUGGUUUUUAUUCUGAGUUUAAAGGAAACUCUGAGUUUGUCCUUCAGUUGACGAGUCGGACUGAUCGGUUCUGUUCUGAUCUGAUCGGUUUUC